AGAGCCGUUCAGAGCCGUUCCGCUGGAGCAGACGUUGGUUCUGUUUCAUUGAAGAUGACAUGAACUGUGACGUGGCUGAUAAGAAAUUCUCCGACUAGUUUCUGAGCGCAGCGAGUCUUUUUCUGUCCUGCUCUCUCGCUGAGGCAGCAGCGGCGGCCGGGAUUAUUUUUAGAAACAAUGUUGCGGUGGAGGCAUCAAUCAAACUGGGGAUAACGCAUCGGGUCGGUGUGAAUCUGAUGCUUUUGGUGUGGAGAGCUUCAGAGCUUCCAGUCUGCGCUCAGCCGGCCAUGGGACAAGGUGUCGCUGCGCCCGAUCCUCUGCAAACUUUUGCGCCAUGGACUCCAGCAGACUCUGUGGACACGCCGGCAGCUUUGCGCGUCGACAGAUUUUUUGCGGGCUCUUAUGGGAAUUAAGCACUCGUCUCGCUGCAUGCUCCUCAGGAGAAAAAUGGCGGAGUCUGAGAGCAGUGAGUCCCAGCCACGGCCGGUCCGCAUUAUUCCCUCUCAGUCAGCGCAGCCGACCUCGUUGCCCAAGCCUGUGCCUUCUGUCCAGCCCACCCCUCGGCCUGUCCUCCCACCACACACCCCCCAUGCUGCCGGUCUGCCCAGCUGCCCGGGGCGGGGCAAGAUGGCCAAGUUCCUCAACCCAGACGAGAUGACUUCAAGAGACUACUACUUUGACUCUUAUGCCCACUUUGGUAUCCACGAGGAAAUGCUGAAGGAUGAGGUGCGGACGCUAACCUACAGGAACUCCAUGUAUCACAACAAGCACAUCUUCAAGGAUAAAAUAGUGUUGGAUGUUGGAAGUGGGACAGGAAUCCUCUCCAUGUUUGCAGCCAAAGCGGGAGCAAAGCACGUCUACGGGAUCGAGUGUUCCAGCAUAUCAGAGUACUCAGAGAAGAUCAUCAAGUCCAAUCACCUCGACAGUGUUAUCACGAUAUUCAGAGGCAAGGUGGAGGAGGUGGAGCUUCCUGUGGAGAAGGUGGAUAUCAUCAUAUCUGAGUGGAUGGGCUACUGCCUGUUCUACGAAUCCAUGCUCAACACCGUCAUCUUUGCAAGAGACAAGUGGCUGAAGGCGGGGGGCUUGAUGUUUCCGGACCGAGCCUCCCUCUACGUAUUGGCCAUCGAAGACAGGCAGUACAAAGACUUCAAAAUACAUUGGUGGGAGAACGUGUACGGCUUUGACAUGACCUGCAUCCGUAACGUGGCGAUAAAGGAGCCCCUGGUGGACGUGGUGGACCCCAAACAAGUGGUGACCAACUCCUGCCUGAUCAAGGAGGUGGACAUCUACACAGUAAAACCUGAAGACCUCUCAUUUACCUCAGCUUUCUGCUUGCAAAUCCUGAGGAACGACUACAUCCAUGCACUCGUCACCUACUUUAACAUCGAGUUCACCAAGUGUCACAAGAAGACGGGAUUUUCCACAGCUCCAGAUGCUUCGUACACCCACUGGAAGCAGACCGUUUUUUACCUGGAGGAUUAUCUAACGGUGCGAAGAGGAGAAGAAAUCGUCGGCAGCAUUACUAUGAAGCCCAACGAGAAAAACAUACGUGACUUGGACUUCACGUUUGAACUGGAUUUCAAAGGGCAGCUGUGCGAGGCAGCCAUCUCACAUGACUACAAGAUGCGUUAGACUGGACCGCGCCGCCCUGCAGAAUUUACCGCGGAGGAGGGGAGCCGCACCGCCACGGAGGGUCAGCAGGCAGGCCGCAGACCAGACGAGCCCAGGGAGGACGAAAUAAAAAAAAAAAAGUCACCUCGUUAUGUAAUGACAGCAGGAAAUCCUUUCUGCCGACUGUUAAAAUAAUUCUGAAUGUAAAACAGUGAUAUUUUCUAGCACUGAUGAAUGUUCUUGGUAUUAGCUGCGUGGAGUGAUGUACCUGUGCUCUGUGUUUGCCUACAAUAGAUUAGAACAGGGGUCACCAACAUGGCGCCCUCAGCCUGGUCAAAACAUAGCAAAAACCCUCCAGUCAGCUGCAUCUAAAAUGUUAUCUUGUUUAGUUUGUCUUCCUUUUUAGCCACACUUACAUAGAUUUAAAUGUGAAAUGCAUUAUUACAGAGCGUUAAGGUGAGCUCUGACUCUCAGUACAGGUACAGGUAGCCCUCUGUAUGACACGGUGGGGGUGAAGCAGCUCUUAACUUCUAAAAUGUUGGUGAUUCCUGGUCUAGAAGGAUCUGAUCGGUUUCUGCUGCCUGCGCUCUGUUGAGGCUAGACAGGGAAUUGCAUCACUAAAUGAAGAUAUGAGUUGCGCUGUAGUGACUGGCUGGAUUAAACCCAUUUAUAUUUGUGUAAGCUUAGCUAUAGUGGAAAUAUACCAGUAGGUGAACGCCGCAGGACAAACAAAGGUAUGAAGUGUUUGAACAAUUUGUCGUUCCCGUCUCGGUAGGUGUGCAGUUUAUGGUGACCAGGUCCACGUUGAACUUUAUCGCCGUUUUUAGUUUGGGCUCAAAUGUUGUCUGAUCUCCUUUCUACAUCACAUGGUGGGCAAAACAAGUGUUUAACAUAUGAGCGUUUUUUUCUCAGUAAACGUAUGAUUUAUGGGUCUGAUGACUAGAAACUCAUGCCAGAUGUUGAUAAUAAUCCACACAGAAGGUAACUAAACAAGUUAGGCCACAAAUAGUGUGAAAUAGAUUCCAACGGUCCAGGGAAUAAAUAUUAAAGUGGAAUUCAUUAAAAGCUUUAGUUCUUUCCAUAUGGAUUUUCAAGCAGGUUUUAGAGGGAACAUGAUAUAUAAAUAACAGCCCAGUGAUUUGGUGAUUUUUUUUUUUUUUGGAGCUGCUUCUCUUCCAAACAUGCUGUGUGCAACGACACCCAAAGAGUCUGUUUCUAACCAGAAUAUAUUCUCCAAGUUUUUCACUGACUUGUCUGAAUCUCCUGCAUGCUUGUUCUCCAGCAGAGGUCUAGUGCAGUGCUGUGCAUGGAGGCGCCAUGGUAGUGUGCAUUACCUACUCUUCUCAUGGUGCAUGCUGAUGUCAGCUCUUUCUGAAGCUCUUGGUCAACCUGCUUAUUAUUUAUUUGACUUUUCCAUCGGGAAUCUUUUGGGGAGCACAAUGUCAUCGUCCUUUUGCAACAAUAAGGUUUCAAGAUUUUGAGAAAGCAAAUUUGUUUACCCAUCAUGAAACGAUGCUUAGUAAGAAAUCUUUUUAUUGGCCAUCAGUUGGAGUAAAGAAGUAAUUAAUUUGUAUUGAUAGGGUCAGCAUUGCUUUCUAAAACCUGACAGAUUUCAGCUGCUUUCCUGGCCUUCCGUGCCUUUUUAGGCUUCCUUUACUGCACUUGAAUACUUUCUACUAUUAAACAUAAUUUGUCAACUAAUUUGUUUCGGCUUCCUUGUUAGUACGGAUCUAAUAGGUUUUUAAUGACGUCUGGUUUGAAUUUCAUCUUUAAAAAAUAUGAUUACUGAGGAAACAAAAAACAAACUGUUAAACACUUGUUUGUCUUGCUGUAAACACUUUGACACAUUUUUCUCCACUCCUGACCUUAACUUUGUUUUUAUUUUCUUGUUCAGUAUUUGUUAAAAUAUAUAGAAAUGUUUGCAUCUAAACUAAAGAGAACAGGCAACAUUUUACCAUCUAAACAUCAUAAGUUGUACUAAUUGGCCAUGAGAUGAUGCAACAAUAACCAAGCCACUUUUACACAUAGUAUUUCAAACAGUACUUUAGGUUUUCUGAGUAUUUCCCCGUUACCUGUGCUCUUAAAAAGGUCAUUGCCAAGAUAUCCACAAGGGUUUUAUUUGUUUAAAUAAAGCGGUUGAUCUAGAUAACUCGA